AGAACCAGUGAAAACAGCGGUCACACUUGAAAAGAAUAAAUAUUUUUCCGCUGCAAAACAGUUUUUACCCUGGAAGCUUAAAUACAAUUCAAUAGACUUACACCAUCUGCAUUUUAAAUGCAGUAAAAGUUACCAAGACUGUGCCGAAGCCGGUAUUGAUACUUGCAGCUUUUCAAUUUUAGGAGUGUGCUGAGCGAUGGCCAGAACGUGAGAGCGGAUUGGAAACCGGCGUAUUUAUUGUACUUGUUGUUGUGGCACUGCACUCCAGAACUUGACGAAACGUAUUUGCUGAUGUAUUUCGGCAAAAAGCAGAGCAUUGAGUCGACGUAUUAGCUUACGCAAGCAACUGGCUGUCCGGGGUUCCCGAACAGAUCGCUCGUGAAAUAAUAGUAUCAGCAUGCUUCAUCUACUGCUCGUUGUUCUGGCGGCCACGGCGGCCUCUGCCGAGAAUUCGAUUCAACGCAUACGACGGGCCGCCAUUGCCGGGGAAAAAGAUCCGGCUCAAGCCAUGCACAAAAUCAUUGAUCUGGCCGACUGCCAGGACCUAAAGAAGCUCUGCGCGCACCAGAAAUCCACAGAUAAUCUGUCCAUGCUGGAGUGCGCGCUUACCUUCAGCUCCAGUCAGCUGGAGGAGCUUCCCGAGGGCUGCCAGCACGAGCUGUGGCUGCAGCAGCGCCAGUUGCAGCUACCCACCUGGAUAGAAAACACUUUCCUUCCCACGUACUGCGCGGCGGAGAAGUCCAAGCUGGAGAGCUGUUUGAACUCCGUGCACCUGUGGAUAUGCUUGGAGCACCAGCGGCUGAAGUUGCCCCAAAACAACGCCUGUCACCAGCACCUGCGGAGGGGUUACGAGGCUUUGAGCCAUGACUACAGUGCCGUGGAUGAUUUCUAUACCGCCUGCGGCUUGAUCGUGGAGGAGCACAAGUGCGGUCGUCUGAACAUCGACCACCUACCAUCGAUGCUGGCGCAGCUGGGGACGGUGCAAUGCCUCCAGUCAAGCGCCAAGUCAAGCCUUGACCCAGCCUGCACAAGCGCCAUUAGCUCUAUCGAGCUGCAGCGAGGCAUGUUGGAACUCUUCCGGGUCUGCCAGAACGAUCUCUCGUCCCUGUGCCCACAGGAGAAGGUCGGCUCUGCUGGUGCUUUUAAAUGCUUGGUCCGGCACAAGACCCAUUCCGCAAUGUCGCCGCUGUGUGCGUCUCAGAUAACGCAGCGGGAUGAAGAGAUGGGUCGCGACUACCGGGUUUCGCAUGGAUUGGCCAAGGCCUGCAAGGACGACAUCAAGCUGUACCACUGCCGACGUGGCGUCUCCGAGGACAAGCACGUGCGAUUGGCCCAGAUCCUGCUUUGUUUGGAGUCGGUUUCCAAGAAUGGAACCAGGCUGGCGCCCGCCUGUCUCAGCGAGUUAGGUGAUCACCGUCGCAUGCUGAUGACGGACUACCAGCUUUCGCCAGAGCUUCUGAACGAUUGCGCCGACGACAUACCCAAGUUCUGUCCGGAUGAGCACAAGGCGCAACUGGUGAAUGGAAUGUCCAGUACCGGCGGCGAAAUAAUCCACUGCCUUCUGGAACACGUCAAAGCCAGGCGGCAGCAACGGCGGGUGACUGCCCAGUGCCAGCGCGGAUUGGAGACGUUAAUCAAGGUGAGCGAUGCCGGCGAGGACUGGCGCGUGGAUCCAGUGCUGCGACGAGCCUGCAAACCAGUUGUGGACGUGGCCUGCAAAGAUGUGGAGGGCGGUGAAGCGCGCGUCAUGAGCUGCCUUGUUGAGCGCAUCGGCACCCCAGUUAUGCGCCCGGACUGCGAGCAGGCACUACUCAUUAUCGAGUACUUCGUGGCCAGAGAUUUCAAACUGGAUCCUCAGCUCUACAAGCACUGUCGCGAUGACGCAGUGAAAUACUGCCGAGCAAAAAGGCAGUGGGACGAUGCUCAGAACAUACAAAUGGAUCCGGAGAGAGGACCUAUGAUCCUUCCCUGCCUGCACCGCAUGGCUUUCAGCGAGGACGAACACCAGACAUUACGAAAGGAUUGUUUCAAGGAGGUCAAGCGGGUGAUGCGUCAGAGGGCCGUAUCCAUGGACCUAAUACCCGAAGUCGAAGAUUAUUGCCUAAACGAUCUUUCGCUGUUCUGCGCGGACUGCACGGAAAAGGGCAGCGAAAUGGAGUGCCUGCAAAAGAACAUGGACCAGCUGCAGGCGGAGUGCAAGACUGUUGUUGUCAAGUACACGGAGGAGGAGGCGGCCCACGUCGAACUAAACCCCGUCAUAAUGAAUGUCUGUGGCGAGGCCAUGCAGCAGCACUGCUCGGAUAUCCUCAAGAGUGGAAAGGACAAUGGCGACAUGAUGGACUGCCUGAUAGCGCACAAAAACGACGCCGAUCUGCGCAAGGAUCUCCGUUGCCGUGCUGCCAUCGAACACUUUCAGAUCAUCUCGCUAAAGAACUUCCAUUUCACCACCAAGUUCAAGGAAGCGUGUCGACCCUUUGUGCAGCGUUUUUGUUCCUCCAGCGCCACCAAGAACGAAGUGGUGGCCUGCCUCAGCGAGGUAAUGAGAAACGAUACAAUCAAGGCGCAGCGUCAUCAAAUACCCAAGGAGUGCCGCCACCAGGUGAAGGCGCAGCUGUACCAGCAGCGCGAGAGCAUUCAGCUGGAUCCAAAGCUGGCCAAUGCCUGCAAGCGGGAACUGGAACAGUUCUGUGAGGACCAAAAGGGGCCCGGUCAGGUGAAUGAAAAAGCCCUAGAGUGCCUAGUGAGGAAGACCACCAGUUUGGGCAAGCCUUGCCACCAUGCCAUUUUCUUAGUGAAGAAAUCAGAGUUGGGCGAUAGCGGUACCGACUACACGCUCCUUAACACGUGCAAGGAUAUGAUCUACAAAUUCUGCCCCAAAAUUGAUUCGAUUAAACUACUCGACUGCCUCAAGACCUACAAAGACGACACGCAGUUCGACCAGCGGUGUCACCUGGUUGUAGUCAACCGCAUGAUCGAGCAAAAUACGGAUUUCCGGUUCAAUCCCUCGCUGCAGAGCGCUUGUGGCAAGAACAUUGAUCGGUAUUGCUCAAACAUUGUAGCCAGCGCUUUGCCCAACGAAGAGCUCAAUGGAAAGGUUAUUCACUGUCUCAAAGACAAGUUCCGGCAAUCGGCGCUAGACGAGCCAUGCGCUCAGGAAAUGAUAAAGAUCCUGCAGGAUCAGGCCCUUAACUAUAAGCUGAAUCCCCUGCUUCAAGUCUUCUGCAAGUCGGAGAUCCAGGAACUGUGUAAGGCCAACAUGGAAGCCGACGAGCAUGGCCAGGUGGCAGAGUGCUUGAAGACGGCCUUUUUGCAAAAGCAGAUCAUCAAUAGACAGUGCCAGAUGGAGGUCGCCACACUCAUCGCGGAAGCUAAAGCUGACAUCCAUGUUGAUCCCAUUCUGGAGAAUGCCUGCAUUGUGGACUUACUCCGGUACUGCUCCAAAGUGGCGGCCGGCAAUGGAAGAAAACUUAGCUGCCUGAGAACGCUGUUGAAAGACACUCCGAACUCGCUUGAGGCGGAGUGCCGCGAGAAGCUGGAGCGUCGCAUCGAGAUGUUCCACAAUGCCGACGACACGCUAGCUCUUCCGCCGGAGGAUGUGCAGCAACUGGUUCAGCAGGUGGUCGCAUCGCCGGCCCGUAAAUUUUUCCUUGUGAUACUGAUGAGCGCAACGGGAAUGGUCUUCCUCACCGGCAUCUUCUUGGGAAGGGCCACCAAGCGAGCAAUGGGCUUAAAGAACAAAUAAUAACAAUAAUAGUUGUAAAAUGUAGUUGCUGUGUGUAAUCAGAGUGUGAAUGUCUGUGAGCUUGUUGUUUUUUCAAUUGGCUAACCCAUGACCCGGAUUUGAUCAUCCCCUGCCCUCCCCUCACCGUCCCCUCACUCUGCCUGUCUUUUGAAUAUUUUUAUAAGCAAUUCGUGGCCUAAUCUUGUGUAAGACCAAAAAGUAAGCGAAAAAAAAGAUCUAUGAUUAAAUCUGCUAGUUCCAUUCUUAGGGCCUUCUUUUGUGUUAUAAUUCCUUUUAUAAAAAUAUUUCUUGUAUAUUAAAUAGUAUUUUUGUAAAAUA